AUGCGUCCUCGAGAAGGUGUGGUGCUGGUGUUGGCACUGUGGCGCUGCGCAGGACUGCUGCUCAGUUCUGUGUGUCUGUGCGCAGGAAUGGAAGAAGACUGCAUCUUUGGCAUCGUGGGACAGGCCGUGCUUCUACCCUGCCUCUCCCAUGAGCUGCUUACAGUGGAGAAUGUUUCCAUUGAGUGGAGGAAAGAUGAUGAAGUGGUGCUCAGAUCAGUAUGGGAUGAGAAUGGAAAUGUGGAGACACAGAGUGUGAAAAAUGCCACUAUCCUUGCUGAUGCCUCACACACUGGAAACUUCUCGUUGGUGCUGCCAGUUGUACAUCCCAGAGAGGACAGGAUGCAUUACCGUCUUUUCUUCGUUUCAGGGCAGAAUCAAAGUUCCCCGCUGUGUACCGUGUGCCUCAGGGUAGCAGUCAGUUUUAGUGUUCCCUUGUUGGAGAGGGAACACACAACUGUGAAUGAUGAGACAACCUUCCUAUGUCACUCCACCGGUGGCUACCCCAAACCUGUCGUCUACUGGCUCAUUGACAAUGCUCAGGAGCCCCCCGAGGGUUCAGUAAGGACCCAAACAACUUUUGAUCCUAACUCCCAUCUCUACCACAUCACAAGCAACCUGACAAUCCCCAUUUCCAAAGAUGUCAACGUGUCGUGCACCGUAGAGUCUAUGAACGCCACCAUGAGACACAGAUACGAUCCUGGUCCUGUGGUGAGUCGGGCUUCAGAGGCCAUGUGGCUCUUCAGCACUGCCUUGUGUGUGGUGGUCGGGAUCAUGGUCAUUGCAGGAGUGGCAUAUCAGAUCCACCUGGACAAGAUAAGUAAGAAACGGAAGAAGGAAUGUCAACAACCAAAGAGAGGAUACAAAAGACGAUGGCAGUACAGGGAGGAAAGUGAGGCCAUGAUGUCCGAGUCAAAGGAGACUGAAGUGUGAGAAAAAAAGAUUCCAACUGACUGUCACUUUUUUUAAAGAGAACACCAAUAUGUUAAUGUUAAUGUUGAUUUUAAGACCAUCUCCAAAAUGCUUUUUAUUUAAAAAAAA